AUGUCUUCCAAAUCGGGACCCAACAGUGGGGGAGAUCUGUUUGACAUGGCCAAAGACGGCACAACGGUCCCCGAUGAUGCCGCCGCGCCCAGACUCAUCCCAUCGAAACCAAGACCAGACCAGAUUGCUGAUGGGGAUGACCCAAAUCAGCUCGGCGGGACUACGUUAGCUGAGGCAGCAACCAAUGCUGGAGACAUCCCAAGAUCAACGAAGGAUGUCGACCAUGCCACUGUUUUGACUGGUACGGGCGAUGCCCUGCCAGCGCAGGUCGAUUCUAAGCGGCUGCACCAAGUUCCAGGUGGUGUCACGCAUGAUGACCAGGCCAAGGGCAGCACGCGGUAUGAUAAGCACAAAGCAAAUACCAGCUUGGAGGACCGAGGGUUGUCGGAGGGAUCAGCAGUCGAGCGAAACGUUCCGGGGCUUGAGGACCUCACGCCAGAAGAGGCAGCAGAGAAGGUUGGAAGCAAGCAGUAG